AAUUACGGCGCGAUGUACUGUUCCAUGACGCGAGUGAAACGGUCAGGUGUGACUACUAAUGACUCGUUAGUCAGCCAGCUAUUGUAGAUCAGCUGGGGUGCUAGCACGUCCGUGCUAAUGGCUUAGUACUCUACACUCACGUGUACACGCACGUGUACGCUCACCUGUACACUCACCUGUACGCACACCUGGACCUAUCGAUAUGGUCCUUUUGGCCGUCCUACGUUACGUCAUCAGCAAGUGUCUUCUCAGGAAGAUGAACUUUGAUGGCAGUCACGUGGUGAGAGAACAAACCAUCCCAUUGGUCCCCGACAGGAACAGGCCAGUGACGUCACAGUACGUGGACCUGACACUGGUGCCGGACAGGAGCCCCGAGCCCAGAGCCAUGUUCACCAAGAAGCUGGGAGCCCGGAUAGAGCACAGGAAACAUCUUUUGUUGAGACGACGCUGGUUGGUUGACCUGAUGUUGGCUGUUGCUGUUAUUGGUAUCGUGCUGAUGGUGGCGGAAAAUGAGUUGUAUUACCUUGACGCUUCCGACCCAAGAACGGCAGAGAAAGAUUCGAUGGUGUCUGUCAUGCUGAAGCUCUUCGUCUCAAUAAGUACGGGCAUUCUGCUGGUGGGCAUAUGCCUCUACUACCAUACGGGGGCAGAGAUCAAGAUGCUGGACGCUAAAGUGGAUGACCCUCUGGCCGUGAUGUCUGCCAGCACCUGGUUCUGCCUGCUCACCGAACUUCUCGUCUGCGCCGUCCACCCGUUUCCUGGUGACGUCAAGGUCUACAUGUCGUCAGUGGCUGGUGACGUAGAGCGCGUGCACAUUGAUGGCAUCCUGUCCGUCAUCAUGAUGUUUCGUCUCUAUCUCGUCGGACGGUUCCUGGUGGUCCACUCCUCCCUGCUGACUGACCAGUCGACCCAGACCAUCUCAGCCGUCAGUCAUGUCAAGAUUGACCUCUUCUUCGUCUUCAAGGCCGCAAUGGCCGACCACCCUGGCAAGGUCAUCGCGUUCAGCAUGAUCUCCAUGUACACGGUCAGCGUGUGGGCCAUGCGGACAUGCGAGCUCUACUACACCAGCAUCACCGACGCUCACAGCUUCUCAGAGUCCAUGUGGCUCUCAGCCAUCACCUUCCUGACCGUCGGCUACGGCGACCUGACCCCCCGCACCCACUGCGGCCGCUUCAUCGCCGUGGUGACGGGGCUGAUGGGGCUGGGCUCGACGGCCCUGCUGGUGGCCGUGGUGGCCAAGAAGAUGGAGCAGACACGGGCCGAGCGCUACGUCUACAACUACCUGUCCAUCAUACACCUGGAGCAUAAGCGGAAGAACGCCGCCGCUGACGUCAUCAAGAACGCGGUCAAGGUCUACAGCUGGAGGAACAAGCUCGCGCGUGAGCACACGAAGAAGAGUCAGGUCAAGGUGACCUACUACUCGUGGCGUCUGAGCAACGCCAUCCGGGCCAUGCGGUCGACGCGGGUGGCCCGGUGCCGGGUAGAGGAGGCGUCAGUUGGCCUGACUGAGCUGAGUCAGCAGGUCAGCCAGACCCAGUCCCUGAUAGCCAUGCUGGCCACAACUCAAGGUCAGAUCCUUGACAAACUCACUGACCUUCAGGAAAGGACCAGGGUCAAGGACGAUGAUGACGUGUACAGCAACGACGAGGUGGGGGAGAAGGAGGAGGAGGAGAGGAAGCCUGUGGAGGGGGGCGGGGAGCAUCAGGGCAACGGCUGGAUCGGAACCUCGUACCUCAAGAAACUUUACAAGGGCGACAACCAGGACUAAACUUUACGGGGGCGACAACUAGGACUAAACUUUACAGGGGCGACAACUAGAACUAAACUUUACAGGGGCGACAACUAGAACUAAACUUUACAGGAGCGACAACUAGAACUAAACUUUACAGAGGCGACAAACUUGGCGGCAAUUGAUGUCACAACAUUUUUUUUUUUACAUAUAACAAAUGUCACAAUUUUACCUGUAUUAUUCAACAGUCUUUUAACUAAUUGACUGGCAUAAUUUUACUUUGAUAAUUGCUGUCACUAAUUAACCUGCAUGUUUUGAGUGUGUCCAUUAGACCUAUAUCCACCUUUAUUUGAUUAACCUUCACUGUGAUGUUUUGGAUGUAGUUGGUCAGUCUCAGACCAAAAGGUCAUCUCUCGGCUGUUUAGUCACCACCCAGACCUCGGCUAGCUAAUUUAUUGUAGCGACAGUAAUUGGGCCAGUCGCUUUAAUUUCUCUAAUUAUUAGAUUAAGCUUAAAAUUAGCUGCUGUCUUAAGCUACAUGUUCCAAGUGUAGAAUUCUUUGAAUCUCAGUGUAUUUUAUGUCAAUGGUAGAUUUGGGCCCCGAAGUCAAUGGUAGAUUGGGCCCCCUAAGUCAAUGGUAGAUUAGGCCCCUAAGUCAAUGGUAGAUUUGGGCCCCUAAGUCAAUGGUAGAUUUGGGCCCCUAAGUCAAUGGUAGAUUUGGGCCCCUAAGUCAAUGGUAGAUUGGGGCCCUAAGUCAAUGGUAGAUUUGGGCCCCUAAGUCAAUGGUAGAUUGGGGCCCUAAGUCAAUGGUAGAUUGGGGCCCUAAGUCAAUGGUAGAUUUGGGCCCCUAAGUCAAUAGCAGAUUGGGGCCCUAAGUCAAUGGUAGAUUGGGGCCCUAAUUCAAUGGUAGAUUGGGGCCCCCUAUAGUCGGUUAAGCCCUCUAUAACCCAACAUGGCAGAUAGGCCCUUAGCUUAGCUUAAAGUUCCCAGUGAAAUGUUUUUUGUUUUGUUUACAUCAGCAACCACGUGAUAACCCUUCUGUGAUAAAUUGACUUGUCAGAUACAGAUUACGUCAUCGAUCAAAUGACAGGCUAUGCGUACAUGUAAGCGGUUCGUGUAUACUUUAACCGGGUGUAUGUACACAUGGACCAGUGUACACCUUUAUCUGGUUCAUGUACAACUGACCUAUAAUGAAAUGUUGACAUUAAAAUUUCGCAAUCGC